AUGUUGAAUCACUUUUCUAAGCCCAACGGCACAACGCAGCUCAAACAGCAGCAAGGUGCCCUAACGAAACACCGACGGAUUCACACUGGAGACAAGCCUUACAGAUGCAAUCAGUGUGGAAAAGCUUUUGCCCAGCAAGGUGAUCUAACGAAACACCGACGGAUUCACACUGGAGACAAGCCUUACAGAUGCGAUCAUUGUGGAAAGGCUUUUACCGAGCAAGGUACUCUAACGAGACAUCAACGUAUUCAUACUGGAGACAAGCCCUACAGGUGUGAUCAGUGUGGAGCGGCUUUUGCCCAGCAAGGUACUCUAACGAGACAUCAACGUAUUCACACUGGAAACAAGCCUUACAGGUGUGAUCAGUGUGGGGCGGCUUUUGCCCAGCAAGGUCAUUUGACGACUCACCAACGUAUUCACACUGGAGACAAGCCUUACAAAUGCGAUCAGUGUGGAAAGGCUUUUACCCAGCAAGGUGAUCUAACGAAACACCGACGGAUUCACACUGGAGACAAGCCUUACAGAUGCGAUCAUUGUGGAAAGGCUUUUACCGAGCAAUGUCAUUUGACGAGACAUCAACGUAUUCACACUGGAGACAAGCCCUACAGGUGUGAUCAGUGUGGAGCGGCUUUUGCCGAGCCAGGUACUCUAACGAGACAUCAACGUAUUCACACUGGAAACAAGCCUUACAGGUGUGAUCAGUGUGGAGCGGCUUUUGCCCAUCAAAGUGAUCUAACGAGACACCAACGUAUUCACACUGGAGACAAGCCUUACAGGUGUGAUCAGUGUGGAGUUGCUUUUGCCCAGCGAGGUCAUUUGACGAGUCACCAACGUAUUCACACUGGAGACAAGCCUUACAGGUGUGAUCAGUGUGGAGCAGCUUUUGCCGCGCAAGGUGCUCUAACGAGACACCAACGUAUUCACACAGACAGCCUUACAGGUGUGAUCAGUGUGGAAUUGCUUUUGCCCAGCGAGGUCAUUUGACGAGACAUCAACGUAUUCACACUGGAUAAAAAGUGUACAUUUGUGAUCAGUGCUGAUAUCAUUUAUUUUGUGAGUUCAGUUAAAAUGCACCAAUGUAGUUUAGUUAAUUUAGUUUGAAAGAAAUAAUUCUGGUGGUUCGAUUGUGGGAAACAUUUUGAAUAGUUUUUUAAAAAAGCAGCAGAUUCUUACAGCUGUAAGAGCUGUUCAGUUAUAACCAGAUUUAGAAAAUGAAGUAGAAUUCAAUUCAAAAGUCUUUAUUUUGAACAUGAUGGUAGUGUAAGUAACAGACAUGCUCGAACAUACUUGAACAAUGAAUGCAAGAGAUUCUUUUUUUUUUUUAAGCAGCAGCAGUUUUGGCAUGUUGAAAAAGAAGUAGGAAGUAAAAAAACUUCUCUUAUCCCUUGAACUCAAUACCAUGUUUUCACA